GCGUGCACGGUGCCGAUGAUCCCUCGUUUCGCCGCGUUUGUGUUCGGGUAGUUGCGUUGUACGGCGUCCGACGGAGCGUCUUAACGACAACGACGACGGACAUUAAUCUGCGUGUGUAACACGAGAAUCGCUCGUUGAAUAACCAGGUUCGCUUGGCGGUCGUGCCGCACGUACGGCCGUUACGGCGAGCGGCGGUAACGACGACGACGACGACUACGAGGACGACGACGACGACUGUCGCAGUGACGGUGAUUAAAUCGUGCAGACUUGGUCAGUACCGACGGACUCGCGAUAAUCCUCGUGUUAUUUCCUUCUCGCCGCGAGAACCGAACUCGUCUCCGUUGGCAUGACGAAGGACGCGAGAUCUCUGUUUCCUACGGCGAGGUAAUGUGUGUUGACGUGCGCGAGUGAAAACACCUCUCCGCGUAUCGUCCUUGUCCCGCUUGCGAUCGAGGGACGACCCGCGGGUGGAUAGUCUUCCGGAGGCAGUGACGAGAACGACGUGCGCAGCCACGACGACGGCGACGUGACGGCGACGUGCGACGUCUAGCAUCUCCGCCCGACCAUGGCGGUGAAUCCGCGUGAUAUGGACGGCUUCAUGCCGCUCCUGUCAACGACGGAUAUCAAGAAGAAGCUCAACGUCGGUACCGCGCUGCUCAACUUCCUAGGUGACUUGAGCAAGAGCAUCGAAUGCCAGGACAUCGGCAUGUUCAUCGACAAUGUUAUUCCCUGGCUCGGCAACGGCAAUCCCAAGGUUGUCCAGAAUGGUUUAGAGAUCCUCACGUAUCUCGCGGAUCGGAUGGGUCACGACUUCAAACCUUACAUCUCCACCAUCAUCCAACCGACGAUAGACAGGCUAGGUGACAGUAAAGAUGCUACCAGGGAGAAGGCGCAACUGGUGCUCCUGAAAAUUAUGGAAAAGGGAUGCAUGUCGCCUCAGAAUCUUCUGGAUAGACUUCGUCCAGCCUUCAAUCAUAAGAAUGCAAAAUUACGAGAGGAGGCCCUGAUUCUGUUGACGACUACGUUGAACGAACAUGGAGCAGAUGAGAUGGCACUAUCGGGAGUAAUUCCGAGCAUCGUAAAGCUGCUGUCGGAUCCGUCGGAAAAGGUUCGGGAAACUGCUCUGAACACGCUGGCGGACAUCUAUCGACACGUAGGCGAGAGAUUACGCGUCGAUUUGCAAAGAAAACACAAUGUGCCGCAAGCCAAAAUGCUCCUGUUAAUAGAGAAGUUCGAUCAAUUGAAGGCCGCCGGUGAUCUUUUACCCUUGGCAAUGUCGUCCGAUGUUGGCAAAGAUACCGACGAACUUGAUCGAGCAGCGAUCAAAUCGGCUCCCGUUAAAAGGCUUAACAUGCCUCCGAAAAGAGGUCAAUUUGGGCCUGCUAGAACACCAUCCUCUGCCUUAGCUCCUCCUGGUACUUCAUCCUAUUCAGUCCCAAGGGCAGCGACCGUCAAAAGAACUCAAUCAGUAAGAUCGACCUCAGCGCAAGCCGGAGCCGUUGACGAAGAAUGCUUUAUUACUGCAUUCGAGGACGUACCUACCAUUAAUCUAUUCUCAGCAAAAGAUCUCGAAGAACAGAUGAAGAGUAUCAGGGAUACCGUGGGUGACGAUAAAAAGGAUUGGAAACAAAGAAUGGAUAGCAUGAGAAAGUUAAGAGCCAUUGUACUCGCAGGUGGCACUAAUUACGAAAAUUUCCACGAGUGCCUAAAGAGCGUACAGCGACCGUUCGAUCAGGCCUGCACCGACCUUAGAUCCCAAGUAGCGCGAGAAGCGUGUAUAACUCUCGCUUUUCUGAGUCAGAGCCUGAAGACCAAAUUCGCCAGUUUUGGCGAUAUGGUUUUGCUCACGUUAAUGAACCUCAUACAGAACAGUGCCAAGGUCGUAGCGACAGCCGGAGCGGUGGCAGUUCGGUUUAUCCUUCAAAAUACCCACUGUUCUCGAUAUGUGCCUAUUAUUAUAUCGUGCGUGAGCAACAAGAGCAGAGAUAUUCGUAGAGCGUCUUGGGAAUAUCUGGCUUUAAUCCUGCAGACCUGGCCUACGCAGAUAUUGCAGAAGCACAUAACAAUAUUGCCGGACGCACUUAAAAAGGGCAUCGCGGAUUCCGACGCAGAAGCACGAGUCUUCGCCAGGAAAUCAUACUGGGCAUUUAAAAAUCACUUUCCAGAGCAGGCUGAAAUACUACUUAAUAAUUUGGACGCGACGUAUAAACGCUCCUUGAUGUCUCUUAGCAAUAGUGGUAGUAGUAACAGCUUAAAUGUCAUGGCUAAUAUGAGAUCGUCGAGCGUUAGUCCACGUACAGCCAGACCCGUGAUGAGCGCGGCAGGUAGUACGGAAAAUUUGCAUCAGACCACGGGUCAACCGCACGGUCCGCUCAGACGUACUCCGUCCUUGCCUCGGUCUUAUCGUCAAUCUGGUAUCCCGAUACUACAAAGACCAACAGAUAGUCAUUACCGAGGUACACCAGGAGUUAGAUCUACCAGCGCAAUUGAUUUGCAAGCUGCUCAAAGGGCGAAAGUGAGAGUGAUGUACGCGAAUAUGAGCAGACAAAAAGCAGCGGCACUUCCUCGUCCUACUAAAUGCCCGGAUCCCAAUGCGAUUGCUAGCCCAGAAAGAGUUGCAAGGACGAGGACAAGAGUGGCGGGAGUUUCACAAUCUCAACCUAGCAGUAGAUCGGGUUCCCCGUCGUCUAGAUUAAGUUACGCCACGUACAAUCGCGAAGGUGAAUCACUGAUAGGCAGACCAAGGCGAUUAUCCGGACAUACUAUUGGCAGCACAAGCAACAGUCGUGAACCGAGUCCGCAGAGAUUUGGGAGCAAACUAAGAGGGAGGAAUCUACACAUGUCGCCAACGGACAGCACUAGACCACCAGUGAUGGCGCAGAAGAUGCUGCAGAAGUCACGCGAAGCGGAGUCUGCGCUGGCGGAUGCUUUAACCUUCGACAGUAUCGACAAUUACACCAGAAUACCAGGCAACAAAGGGGAUCAUAGUGACGACAGCGAAAACAGCAGUAUAUGUUCGGAAAGAAGUAUAGACGGUUUUAGACGAGCCAGUGAUUCGUUCUCAUGGAGUGGCUCUCAAUCGAGAUUAUACCGUGAUCCAUGGGAUCAGUCUAUCCCAAAGGACAUCAAAGAGAUUAUUGAAAACUGUGCUCAUAAACAUUGGGGAGACAGAAAAGAAGGUUUAGUGGGUUUGCAACAUUAUUUGAGCAACGGAAAUACUUUGACAACAACAGAUUUGCGUAGAGUGACAGAUAUUUUUACGAAAAUGUUUAUGGAUUCUCACACCAAGGUGUUUAGUUUGUUCUUGGACACGUUGAACGAACUACUAAUUACUCACAACGAAGGUCUUGGCGAUUGGUUAUAUGUUUUAUGUGCAAGGCUUCUCAACAAGUUAGGCACCGAUCUAUUGGGAUCUAUACAAACAAAGAUACACAAAACGCUUGAUGUUGUGAGAGAUUGUUUCCCGGGCCAACAGCUUCUACCAGCUGUGAUGAGGUAUCUGACAGAUCCAACCCAAACACCAAAUUCUCGCGUGAAAGUAGCAGCAUUGACUUUUAUCACGCAGAUCACUGAAACGGCAGAACCAUCCGCGCUGGGCAGUUCUGCAGCGACAGCACUUGCACGACUGCUCGACUGGUCGAAUGACGGCAAAAGCCACGACGUGAGAAGACAUGCGCAAAACGCUGUGAUAUCACUUUAUAAUCUUAAUCCGCCUCAAGUUACUAUGAUACUCUCCGAAUUACCAAAAUACUAUCAAGAAACAGCCUGGCCUCUAGUGCAGAACCAUUUAAGGAAAUCUUCCACUUCUAGUACUCCGGCAUCACCUGGUACGCCACCGCCUAGAUCGCAGAAUUCGCCCGCUCGAACGAAAGCGAAAAACGAUGUUAAAGCGGACAAGACUGAAAUCGAUGGAGGAGACGAGAACUUGGAGGAAGUAUAUAAAUCUCUACGACGCACGACCGCCGAAAUCCAAAAUUACGGCUUCGAACGUUUAGAGAGAGCCACCACCAGCAAAGAUAGUGGUAUCAGCAAUAUGGCAGAUGUAGAGGAGAGAAUGGAAGGUUUGACGUUAUCCAAUUCGGGUCGAUCCUCGUCCGUUUCCUCACCGACGCAACGAGGACGGUCUGUUAGCAAUAUAACGGUAAAUGGAUCUGAUACAAUUGCCGGUGAUUUGAUUCUACCUCAAGAGAACAAUGGUUAUAAAACGCACGGAUCAUCACCAGAUUCAACAAACAGACCAGAAAUCGUGGAUAAUAUGGUUAAAACUCUGCAAUCUAAAGUAGCACAAACUACGGAAAAAGUAUCGGCGUUGCAAGAAUUUCAACUCUAUGUCCGCGAAGGCGAUUCGUCAUAUAUUAAACGAAAUUUCAAGAAAGUGCUCAAAGUUUUGUUAGACAGUUUAUCCAAUGACGGCAAAGUGAUACAAGUUGAAGUGCUACAAACGCUGAUCGAUAUGCUUAAGUGUUCCGAGUUGAUAGAAAGCUUUUCCUCUUACAAUGAGUUAUUAAUAUUGAAAGUUAUUUAUGCCUACAAGUCAGACGAUCAAAAGGUCGAUUCUUCCAGCGGUAGCGGUGGCAGAUCUCCAGUUCAUUGGAAUGCGGAAAAAUGCGCGGCGACAAUGGCCAUGGUUUUAAAACCGGAACAAAUUAUCCAUUUGGUCUCCACUAUAAUUGCUACAGAGUCAUACCCAUUGAAUAUGGGCGCGAUAAAGAUGUUGCACAAGGUGGUAGAGCAUUGGGGUCGAGAUGCUAUUGAACCUCAUCUUGCCAAAGUUAUGCCUGGUCUUAUUAAGGCUUACGAUGACAAUGAGAGCGCGGUUCGUAAGAGCGCAGUGUUUUGCAUGGUGGCAAUCCACGUCGCGGUCGGCGAGGAGGCGUUGAAGCCGCACCUAAGUUGCUUGUACUCCAGUAAGCUCAAGCUACUGAACAUCUAUAUACAACGUGCGCAACAACAGGCGAACAGUCAACCCGCGAGUCCGCGUAGUAACAGCAAGAAUUAACCAAUAUCCAAUACCACGACUCUCAGGGUCGCGAUACUUAAGAGAUUCGCUCGCUUUGGCGCGCGGCAUGAGCGAGUGCUUGUUAGCUUCCUCAGUAAGUCCGAUCCAUCAUGAUGGUUAAUGACGACGGUUUUAACAGUAUGACUCGGAAGUUUUGAUACGAUAGAGACUGAUGUGCGUAUGUGUGUGUGCGUCACUUCGCGACGGAGUGCGAAUCACUGUCUGUUCGAGACGACAAAGAUAUAUGCAGAAUCAACGCGACGAUGAUUGUUUUGAUGUUACGUUUAUCGAAUUAAUUGUUAAAACAAUAAGGGCUUUGUAUAGUUGGUUAAUUCUUAUUAGAGAGUAAAGCAAAGGGAAUUCGUAACAUACGGUUCACAGAUUUUUUCAUCUUUUAUGAGAGUAUGAAACAACUAUAUUGCUAUAAGAUUAAUUGUACUUUAAGUGAGCAUCACAUAGUAAUUUCGACUGAUACAUUUUUAAGUAUCGUUCCGUGAUACGCAAGGAGGUUUUUUUUUCUGUGGAAAGGUUUGUGAAAUUAUUUAUGCAAUAUUAUAUAUUCCUUUA